AGUUCCGCGCCGGAUGCCACGAUAGCCGCAUCGACGAGUCGUGCGCGCGCGCGUUUUCAAAUUUUCACUCGAAUUGUAUAGAUGUAUCGUAAUCGUUGUUUUGAAUGUAAACUGACGAGGUUUUUACCAUUUUUUACUAUCGUUAUGACGAUAAUAAUUGGUCAGCCAAGAAUUGCGCGUUCGGUUUAAUUGAGCGCUUCGAUGGGAUUUUUUUUCCAUCUAAAUUAAAAAGGCAACACUCGCACAGUGAUCAGAUUAUUAUGUAACAUUUGUGAGGUUUAUACGUAAAAGUAUACGUACACCCGUACCCACAUGUAUACGUAUUUCGGUUAUCUACUCGUUAUGUGUUCUAUCAUUAUUACAUACGGUAGUACAUGGGACAGUUCGAUAAAAUAGUGCACAUCCCCGAUAUCUGGACGUCGAAUAAUAAUUCGGUGCACCGCCGAUUAUUUGAGUUUUUUUUUUUUGUGACUAACUAUCGAUAAACGUCGUACUAAUGGACCGAAGGUAUCCCAAAGUGUGAUCAUAUAUUCCGAUCGUGAUACUUUAGUUCGUCGCUGAGAGGACGUAUAAAAUUUGACACGUAAGAGGAUAUUACGCGAGGUUCGAGAAAAAAAAAAAAAAAAACUCGAAGAAAGAAGAAAAAUAACGAGACGAUCGUACGGAUGUCGCGUGUAUAAUCUGUACAUCCGCAGACGUAUGUAGGAAAAAGGAAAGAAAUUAAAACAAUAAAAACCAUGUGCUCGUGCAGCGGAGAAGAAUUACCAGGUGUGUGUGUGUGUGAAGUGUUUGGUUGGUGCUAAUAGCUACUACUAUAUUUGAUAAUAUUAUAAUAGUGAUAAUAAAAGAUAUUUCGAUAAACUUGUUAUCGUCGUCACGCGCGUUUUAUCUCGCGGCUGGAUUGCUUUCUUCGAGAUAAUAUAGAAGAUCGCAAUACGCUAUAAUUUAUACAUCAGCUGUUCAGGACGUACACGUCACAUAACGAAGAAACGAGGAUUAUCACGUUACACGUACAAAUAGAUUGCAAAUUCGCGUUUCGAAAGGGGAAAAGAAAAAAAGAGAUUCGCAAUUCAUUUGGUCCCUUUUUUUUUUCGUCGAUUUCUCGUCUGUUUUUUGUUCCUUUUUUUUCCUAAUCAUUCUAUCGUUUCCUAAUUAUUUUAUCGUUCGUUCGAAGAAAUUCAAUUACAAUCGCCGCGAUCGAUGAUUGUCUUUGCAUACGUGGUGUGACAAAUAAAGUAAAUCGCGGGUGUGACGCGAAGGGAUCAGAAGUCAUACGUUCGAAUAUCGAGAUCAGAAAUUUUUCGGAUAAACCCAUUUUCUCGCACGAACUGACAAGAGAAAAUCUACAAAAAUUCUGGACAUAAUGGACAUGAGCAGCGAGUCGAGCUCUGCCCGAUGGUACGAGCCGCCCAGGGGAUCCCUGGAACCACCGACUGGAUCCGGGUCGUUGUCUGCGGGUGGGGCUGGCGUCGCGACGGCAGACUACAGGGGAUACUACCCUCACGCUGCACCUACUCCUCAUCACCCUGCAGCGGCGCACGCCGCCGCCGCGCACUACGCCCACAGUCGAAUGUCAUCGGCUGGCGUUACGAACGGGGGUGGAAGUCAAGUUUGCAGACCGCACUUUCACAGUUCGGUUCUCCAUCCGUGGUUAUCGGGCUCGACGGCGGACAGUAAACCCUGGGGUUUCCCGUCGACGACAGCGUCGACAGGAGCGACGUCCGGUUCCGCGGAGGACAAACCCCAGAGUCCGUUGGGCUCCUCCUUACCCCCUACGUCGAGCAGUCUGACGAGUCACGGUGGCGCAGCUUCCGGGCAUCACCUCUUCUCGUUUCCACCGACGCCUCCCAAGGACGCGACACCCGACAGCAUAACGACCAGCACGACGUCCAGCUCGAAUAACAACAACAACAACAACAACAACAGCAGCAACAACAACAACAAUUCUAGUUCACUGGGACUCGGCGGUGGAAGCAGCGAGUAUCAAGCCGCCGUUGCUCACGCCGCCGUAAUGGGAGCUUUCAUCCAUCAUCAGGACGCUUUGGGAUCGACGUCGGGUAGUUCGUGCGACGUGAAACCGUCGGUGAUGCUCGGACAUCAUCACGGCGCCUCAUCGCCGCCGCAUCAGCACAACGGUUCGAAUUCCGGUCAGGUGAAACAACGGGAAGGUAAUAACCAGUCGUCUGGAAAUGGUUCGAUUCAGAACCAGGCGAAUCAACAGAGCGGAGGUGGAGGUGGAGGAGGUGGCGGGCCGGGGGUUGGUUCUCAUCAACAACAGCAACAGCAACAGCAGCAGCAACAACAGCAGCAAGAUUAUCAAAAUCAGGGCGCGACCUCUCCCAGAGAUUCCUAUGCCCCCUCUCACCACGCGUCCGCUGCGGCCUCGCAGUACGAUCCCUCCGCCGCUUACAAUAUGUACCAACACCUUCAAUACUCCGGUCAUCAUUCCCACAAUCACCCCCACAACGGCGCGACUAUCUUCUCAGGAACCCAUCACCCGACCACAGGCGUACCCGGGAUUAGCCCCGACGCUAAACUACUAGGUUCACACGGGAAUACGCCCAACUCACCCGGGUCGCAACAACAACAGCAGCAAAAACCGAGGAACAAAUCCAGAACGUCCGCCGAGGGUCGAGAAUGCGUCAACUGCGGAGCAACGUCAACCCCUUUGUGGCGACGGGACGGUACCGGUCAUUACCUCUGCAACGCCUGUGGUCUCUAUUACAAAAUGAACGGACAAAAUCGACCGCUCAUCAAGCCAAAACGACGACUGUCGCUCCAAAGUGCUGCACGAAGAGCGGGUACGAGUUGUGCCAACUGUAAAACGGCCACGACGACGUUAUGGCGAAGAAAUCAAGCCGGUGAACCAGUUUGCAACGCCUGUGGACUUUACUACAAACUACACAACGUGAACCGACCAUUGACGAUGAAGAAGGAGGGAAUUCAAACGAGGAAUCGAAAACUUUCGUCAAAGAGUAAAAAGAAGAAGGCCGGCGGUUGUCUCGGCCUCGGGGGUGUCAUGGGUGACAUGAUCAAGGCCGGGGGACACCUUGACCUAGACAACAAACCCUUCCAUUCUGGCUUCGGAUCUCCAAUGGGUACGUCGCAACACCAUCAUACGAUGCACCCGGCCAUGCAGCAUUACAUGUAUCACACGGGCGUCGGUGUUACGGGAGGACUUCAUCAGGGUUUUGCUCCACCUCCGGCGCCUCCACCGAUCCAUCCUCAUUCCCAUUCCCAUUCCCAUUCCCAUCACAUGGCGAGUCUACAGGGUUUACAGUUGGCGGCUACCACGAACGCCAUGAGCGGAUGGAGAUCCGAGUAUACAUGAAUCGGUAGUCAUCAUCGAUAUAGGACGCAACCCACCACUCUGACACAAGCUUUCUAAACUCUACGUACGAUUAGGUAAAGUAUAUAAAAGUAAAAAAUACGGUAAAGAAUAAAUAAAUUUAUUGACGGAUAAAUGAAAGACAAAAUAAAAUGAAACAAAUAAAUAAUAACAUUCUGGCGAAGAUAAUGAAAAAAUAUUCGGAUACACAUGAACACUGUACACGUACCAGUAUACAUAUGAAAAAAAACGAAAAUUGAGAAACGUAGUAACUCAAAUUGAACGGACACUGUUACAAUAAUCUAAAUAAAACACGUGAGAACAUACAACGGUUUAAAAAAAAAAAGAAACUGCGAAAUUACUUUGUACAUAUUGUAUAGUAACUAUAGGGCCUAGUGCCCCGGCCCCAAGUACAAACGAAGUCAGCUAUUGUAUCGAGUCUUAUAUUUGUAAAUAGUUAGAUAAAAUUUUAAUCGUCUUUUUAAGGAUUUUAUUUUGCAUCGUUGAGAGAAUUUGUUUGUUUUUUUUUCCCCUAUUAAAUUUUAUUUUCAAAAAACCAGCGUGAUUUCAUGAAACAAAAAAAAAAAACAAAAAGAAAAGAUAAAAAUACAUUGAGUAGAAGCAGACGAGAAGGAAAACAAGAAUAAUUAAAACUAUACGUAUAAAAAGUUGAGCUAAGCGAACCACGGCGAAAUUAACUUACAAUUAGGUUGACACCGCCGCGCCUCGCUCCAUAUCGCGACUUCAAGGGUAUGAAACCCGCCGUUGAAACAUAAUUACAAGAAUUUCACGAUGCGACGUUACACUUUAGAAGUGAACUAUUGUAUAAACUAGUGAAUAAUAUUAAGUAUCGUGCAAUUUUAAGUAAAAAUGCAAGAGUUAUGUUAUCCACGGUCUCGGCCGGGCAUCGAAUUGAAUAAAACUGCCGUCAUUUUGUUUCAAAGGUCGCUACUUCCAAUUGACACACCUGGUUAACGAUGUCCGCGAUAAUUUAUCACGCAAUAAAAUCAAGUUCAAAAAAUAAUAAUCACAGUCACGAACGAGAACUCGAUCAAGUAACAAUUUUUGCUGAAGCAGACAUUUUUACUCGAACGAUCGCUUCGAUUCUAAUAAUUUGUACGAAACUCCAAGUUGAAAAAUGAAGCCGAAGGUGGCGAUUGAUUUGAGUUCCAUAUAUAUUCACUUGAGACCCGGUCGUACCUAUACCGAUUCGUGUGUUGUACCGUCUAGUGAUACGGAUAAGUAUAAGUGAAAAAUUAAAAAAUAAAAAAAAAAUUUUGAAUAAAAAUUUAUAAAUUAUAUCAAGCUAUCUUGGUGGUUACGAUUCAUUUGAUUACUAUGAAUAUAAUAUAGUAUAAAACAUCGUCAGGGCUCCGAUGAAACUCGAGGUAUUAUAUAAUUAAUGAAAAUCAAUAUGAUGUGAAUAAAUCAGCGAACAUCAAGCUUAGCGUUUAAUAGUUUAGUCAAAAGGAGAAAUGUAAAUUUUGUAUCUUCAAGAUUGUGUAUCGUUAUUAUAUGAAUAAUCAUAAUAAUACUAUAAUAAUAAUAACAAUGGAAAAAACAAUAGUAAUAAUAGUAAUAAUAAUAUUGUAGAUUCUAAUAAUAUCGAUAAAAAUAAAAAUAAUAAUAAUAGUAAUAAUGAUAA